CCCAGCAUCGGUAUGCCUGCCUACCUCAUUUCCACUCCAGACAUAGUUGCCGCUCCUCUGGAUAGAAAUAACAGCUGAGGUGUGUUUGUAUGUGUGUGUCUGUGCGUGCAUGUUUUAAACAUCAGUACCCCGUGCACUGCCUUCAUCCUCCCAGCUCACAUCAGUCCACGGGGAUCUUACAGCGAAGGUCCGGACAGACACUGAGACAAGAGCAAGCACACAUGGAAGAGUGGUGAAAAGGGGGUAAAGGGGCAGCACGAAAGAAGAGGAGAAGAAGAGGAAUCGAGAGAGACAAGCGGGACAGAGGUGGAGUUCCUCGACGAAUUCAAAGGAGAGAUUAUCCUGAAUUUCUCCUUCCCUCAAUUUAUGUUCGCAGCGCAUUACACAGUGAUGCCCUCACAUUGGAAGCUGUGUUUGUGACUCUGGACGACGGACAGAUAAAAACGGCAGCUUCAGUCUGCGCUUUCUACAGCUGGAGCAGAUGUGGAAGACAUCUCUGACUUUACAGGGAGGGGAAGCAUUUUAAGAGCAUCAGACAAGAAUUCUUUUAACAAAGUCAUAUUUUUUUCUUCACCUGGGACGUUUGCAUCACUGGAAAAAGGGAGAAAAUUUGAUUUGUGCCUGGUGGUUUUCAAUCUUCCUCAUCCUUCCCCGUCCUUUGCAUCCCUCCUGCAUUUGAAAUGGCAGAUGGCCGCACUUUCCUUGUGGAACCGCGACAUGGAGCCUUUAUUUUGAACUGAAACCACAAAGAUACUUUCAGGAAAAGCUCCUCCGAUAAGGAUCACUGGCCAAGAUGAUGAAUUUUUCCCUGGAUCCACUGAACCUGAGCUCCGCUGACCCAUCAAACGCAUCUGCUCCCUUCUGCCUGCUGGAGAUAGGCUAUUCCCAGAUUUUCACCACCUGCCUCCUUGAAGUGUCUAUCAUACUUCUCCUCACUGUUCUCAUUAUUUCUGGCAAUCUGGUGGUGAUUUUUGUGUUUCACUGUGCCCCCUUGUUGAGCCAGCACACCACCAGUGCUUUCAUCCAGACUAUGGCGUAUGCUGAUCUGCUGGUGGGGGUCAGCUGCCUGUUCCCCUCCCUGUCCCUCCUCCAUCACCUGCAGGGCCUCGACCCCAAACUCACCUGCCAGGUGUUCGGGUACAUGGUGUCUGUUUUGAAGUCUGUUUCAAUGGUGUCGUUGGCGUGUGUCAGUGUGGACCGCUACGUCGCAAUCACACGACCUCUGACCUACGCGUCCCUCGUCACACCUUGUCGAGUGCGCUGCUGCAUCAUUCUCAUAUGGCUUUAUUCUGCGCUGGUGUUUCUCCCAUCUUUUCUUGGGUGGGGUAAACCCGGUUACCAUGGCGAUGUGGUGGAGUGGUGUGCAGUUGAGUGGAGGACUAGUCCGGCUUUUACAAGCUUUAUUGUUGCGCUGCUCUAUGCCCCAGCAGCUCUCACUGUCUGCUUCACCUAUGCCAAUAUCUUCAAGAUCUGCCGACAGCACACCCGGGAGAUCAGCGAGCGCCAAGCCCGUUACCGGCCCCAACAGCUGCAGGGCCCAGGACUGACUGUGGGAUCUGCGGUCAAGGACACCAGCCCAGCAGAACAUGGGCAGUUCCCCCACUUGUCCCAACCACGGAACCUCCAACACCACCAACCGCAGUAUCAGGAGCCCACAUCAACAUACCCAGACAAGCGAUACGCUAUGGUACUGUUCCGCAUAACAAGUGUGUUUUAUAUCCUGUGGUUGCCCUACAUUCUUUACUUUCUGUUGGAGAGUGGAGGGAUCUACCACCACCCUGCAGCAUCAUUCCUCACCACAUGGCUGGCCAUCAGCAACAGCUUCUGUAACUGUCUCAUCUACAGCCUCUCCAACUCUGCCUUCAGGAAAGGCCUCAAACGCCUCUGCUCCUUCUGUUUACAGCGCAGGAGCAACGGCUUUGGGGUUAGCAACACCAAAAAGACUUUCAUCGGCUCCGUUGAAAAUGGAUGUGCGGGGUCAGGGUAUGGAUACGGCCACGGCCACGGCGAAAUCAUAAUCGGCACAACAUGUCAUGUGUAGAGCACACACAGAGUAAAUCCUUGUGCCAGAUAGGCAGUUGAACUAUUUGAAAAGACGCCUGAUGUCUGUGUCGUCGAAUGUCUCCUCCGGGGAGCUGAAAUAUGCAGAUAAAGAGACGGAAGGAGGCGUCAAUCUGCCACUGCUGCUUCUGUGGCGUUUGGAGGUUACACAGGCAUCCUCUCUGCACAACCACAGUUGGCAUACGCAGAGAAAGGGAGAGAAGAGCGGAGCACUGACAACAGAAAGACCCAAAUACCCCCGGAGAGGGUUUGAAAUCUGUCACACAAUGCUGUGUAUACGGACAGGGGUGAUUGAUGGAUAGGAUGAGAAGAAGGUGUCUGUAAAAUAUCUGGAACAGUUUUUUUGUUAAGCGACAUUAUUUUAUUCAUGGAAUGUGAAUUCUUAAUUUAUUUUACUGUUCCAAAAAGCUGUCUGUGCUGUGUGAGAAACAUAAGUGACCAGCGUUUGCCGCAAUGUUAUCAGCACAGGGUGUGUUGAAUGCAAAGAAGACAAUGAAUGGAAAUGGAACAGUUGACUUUGUGUUUUAGUUGUGUAGCAUGAGGUGACCUGCCAACAACAAAGUGUUUGAACAGUUACAUGCCCUCAGUCCAUCUACAUACUAACAGUGGAGAAGCAGCCAUUUUAUUGUGUGUUUGAUUGAUGAACCGAUUCUUAUCUCUCUGCUUCGACAUUUCAGAUUCUUUGUGGACUUUCAUGUUAUUUAUUCAUGUUGUGAUACAAGAUAAACAUUAUGACUUUAACCAAGUUGCGGGUUCACACACUGAGCCAGCUGUUUGUAACAUAGGACGUGAGAUGCUGCCCAGCUUUGGUGUACGACUGUUAACCUGACAUAAAUCUAAUCUUUAGUGAAUUAAUUCAAAUAACUUCUUUGUUAGUUUCAUUGCACCUUUGUUGUUUGGAUUAUUUAACUAAAACCGUUUUCAUAACUGUGUCUGAGGCAAAGAAAGGAUAUAUUUUACACCUAUUGAACACUGUUUUUUGGUACAUUAUUACUUUACUUUUCUCGAAACGCAAAGAUGAAUGACCUUUGAACUGUGUUUUGGAUUCGGUAGUGGCUGAAAGAACAAUCAAAUGAUUAUUACAUGAUUACAGUGUUUAAAUUUUACAUUUACAUAUUCUUGCAAACAAUAUCCAUGCCUAGGUUUGCUCUGAAUUGUGAAUACAUUAUUGUGCCUGCUUUUGUGACUAGUGCCAGCACACACACGCUCACAGGAAGAUCAUGUGUAAACCGAACAGACAAAUGGCCCAUUCACUCCGCCAGCAGGCUAACCUCUGCAGCACCAUGAAGAGGGACUGACCCCUCGACCAUAGGGAAUUGCAGUUUUGUGUGUGUAUGUUUGUGUCUGUGUGCAUGCAUGCGUCUGUUUCCGUCAUCUUGUUCCCAUGUGUAGUUUUGGGAUCACCUUUAACUCUAACUUAUUUGAAACAAACUCAUCUUUAAGUGAAAAGUAUCUAUUUGUACAUAUGGUGUGAUAAACUCAAUAGUUGUGAAAAAAAUAUCUCUUUUGUGAACCAUCGAGACUUUCCCAGUUCAUUUAGGUGCAGAUAUUCUGGCUUUAUGUAACUUAUCUAAUCGACCAAAGAACGUUCAACAGUUUCAGAUUAUAUUUCUUUCGUGGUAUUUGAUGUAAUCAAGUUUAAGUCAAAUGCAAAUGGAUUUAAACAAUGUUUGUGUAGGUCCACUGCACUGUGUUGGCUCAGUGCUACCUUGCAUGCAUGACCUUGACUGUUUCGUCAGUGUAUAGCGACAUAUUGUUGCCUUGACACACAAAUGAAAAUGAGCUGUUCGGGAGGUGGUUUCCUCUAACAGAGAGGGAGGGCUUGAUUUUUAGGGAAGUGACUGUUUUUUAGAGGGAAUGACCCUGACUGGCAAUCGUACAUGUUCAUUGGUCAGCCUCUGACGCCUAGUUCCACGUUAAAGUAAUUUUAAAAAUGUGACUGUCAAUCCAGUUACUCUUCAAAAUAUAUUUUUUAAUUAUUGUUUUUCUCAUAUGUGAAACUAAUCAGGAGCAAACGUAUGACUCAAAACUGUUAGACUUUUUUUGCAUGACUUUGUUCUUAGGUGUAUGUGAGUGUCUGUGCAGGAAUGUUAGGGUGUGACCACUGGCUGAAUUGGACUGUUGAAGUUAACAAAGUUAUCACCUCUUAAAGUUUUUCUUAGCAGGACAUCACUUCCCUCCAGUACAUUGUAUUCUGUGAGUGUGAUAUAUAUAGUGGUGGUAGAGAGAUUGUUGACUUUGAAUAUAUUUUGGUUGGACAUAUGUGAAGCAUUGCCAAAUAUUGUAAUACUUCCUUUUGGAAUGGCGUGUACAGGCGUAUUGAAUGUCCGAUGGCUGAACUACACAGAUUUAUUCUGGAAACUUGCUCUUUGUCUAGUUUGUUGUGAAGUGAUAAAGGUUGUGGUCACCAAGAGGGUUUAGCAGCUUACUACUUCAUAGUUUCUAUUAGGGUUUCUCAACUGUCCUUUUCUAUUUGAAAGAUUUUAUGGUAAAAACCUUUUUCACUAAUACAAUAUUAUUUCCUACAGCAGUUAAUGGUACAAUUUCUCACAUUUGUGUAGACUCACACACAUGUUGUCAUCGAUCACCUUUGGGGACCUAACAUAGACUUGGACACAGAAUUUGACAAACCUUAACCACGUGUAACCCCAACCAUAACUAAUGACUAAAAGAUCAGCAGUUCUCCCAAAUAUAUUGCUGUUUAGUCAUUGCUCUUAUGCCAGACACACACAUACACACACACAUUCCCUUUUUCCUGUGGGAAAACAAUUGGCUCCCAUGUUCUCAAGGGAACAACACUCACGCUGUGACUGUGUCAAUACAUAGUGGUGGGGUUACAAAGAUGAGGUAGAGUGAACACUUGGCAUGAUCUGUGUUAGUUAAUCCGUUUAUCAGAAAUCAUAAGUAAAACAUUUAAAAAGCCAUCUGCACAUAGUGACAUUUGUAUUGUGGUAUGAGAGAGAUAAAACUCAAGAGUAUGUGCAAAGAAGGAAGUUUAAAAGGUGUCUAGCCUCGAUAGCUACGGGUUGUACUGUCUUUAUAGAGUCCUUAUAUUGUCCAUUAUUUGAUUUCAUCUUAAUCCCAUUAGACUGCAGCUACCUAGAUGUGUAUGUCUUGGGAAAAGUGUAUAAGCGAAUAAUUGCAUCUGUAUAAACUCCAGUAACAGAUCAAGUGAAAAUUGGGGCCUUAUUUAACGCAAACUCUAAAAUCUAUUUUGAGGCAUGAGAACUUUUGUCGUAAACAUAUUGUUGAUGUUAACAAUGAACAACAACAACUGAGUACUGUUCAACUAUUGUAUCUUACAGCCUUACUAUAAUUUGUGCACUUUAACUCACAAACACACAGACACACACAUGCCCACACUGUGGUAUUUUGUUAUUUCUUUUUUAUGUCUAUUGGAUUUGAUCCUCUGUGUUUUUGUAAGGCUCUGGAUAGACCACACCAGACCCUAAUAAUGACCCAGAGCUGGUAGGAGACGUACAUUGUUAUCACAUUAGGAGGAGGCUAACCACAUGUUUUUCACUGGAGCUGAUUCUGCAUUUCUGUUUGACCACACUGAACGCUUAAAUAUCUGUUUCUUUAGAUUUCGGUUUACCAAGCCAUUACCAUGUUAGAUCAUGCCACACACAUGCGGGUGUUGAAUUUGUGAUUAGGUUUUUUUGAGAUGGCUGCUUUCGUACAUGAAAAAUGUUGCGGUAUUGCAAAAUGAUCCAACUAGUCUAAUUUCACUUUAAUUGAAAGUGAUUCUCUGUGACCAAUAAGACACUUUUCAUUGGAUAAUGCUUUGCAGGUUAUAAACCUGUAUAAUAUUGUAAUUGUCCAUGUUGUGUAAAUCUGU